AUGGCAAUAUUUACUUCUAAAACCACAAAGAACUUCCAACAAAUUAUGACGAUCCCCAUGUUUCAGCGACUACCAGUGCCCACCAAUCGUUCUUUUCGUACUGCAAUCGCUUUGACCGUCCUUCUUGUGGCGAUGUGGACUGACGACUACCAGUACCAACCAAUCGAGCCACUAAGAAAACGCAACAGACUGUCUGCUUACUUCAUGAGAAUUGUGUCGUAUGAAAUUAUCGUCGGAUCAAUAAUCUGGACGCUGUUCAAUCAGGAGGAGGCUGAUGUCUACAACACCCUAACCAUUUUCGAGAUGAUCCUCGGGUUUAAUUGGAAUUAUUUUAUUUAUAUUCUUUACCGUCAAUAUAAAUAA